AUGAUUGUCUCUUCAAAGUACACCUCCCAUAGCAUGACGAUACGCAGGACGCCAACAAGGAGCACUUUCUUUCCAACUCCUCUGUCAAAACAACAACUGCGUGUUUCGUUCAUCGAUUCUCCUCUCCCAUCACCGAGUUUACCGUCGAUUCUUCCCCGUCACGGCAAGAAACGAGCUUCGCGAUGGCCUAGAAAACUUGGGCGCCUCUUUUGCUGGACAGUCGGAGUUGUUCUUAUCAUAUGGUUUGUGUUUUCGUGGCAACAAGCGGACCAUCUGCUGAAGGUUGUCAAUUACCUUUCUCAUGAUGGUGAACCUUUUGAAAUAAUUGGCAGUGAUAACCUGCCAGAGGGUCCCAGCCCAGUGAUGGUAACUGACCAACGGGGUCGAUCACGAUGGACAAUUUCGAUUCCGCACAAUCAUGAGUUCCCUCUGUCGCCGUCUAGUUACUCCUCCCUGUGUAUCCAGGGUAUGGAAUUAUCACAUAACUUGGAGAAUAUCAAAAAUAAUAAACCAGCCUUGGCACAUAACAUUGGUCACCAUGAAUACUAUUGGAAAGACAAAAAUUUCAUGGACAUUCCCGAUGCAGAAAGGAACGGACUACUUCCGAAUUCCCGCGAUCACGAAAUUUUCAGGAAAGGGCAUGGUGUUGUUGGUGGUGAAAUAUAUAAGUUAUGGGGCGCGGAUGUACCGGUUUGCGAGAAGUCUUUGACUUACAUUCUUCAAACAGAGGAUGCAGGCAUGGGUGCAACUGUAAUGGGUUUAUGGAUGAGUUACGGCCUGGCCCAACAUGAAGGCAGGGCCUUUUUUGUUGAUGACACCAAUUGGGCGUAUGGCGAGUAUACGACAUACUUUAAACUACCACCAAUGCCCUCCUGCCGUCCUCCUCCAUCGUCGCAGAGAAUACCUUGCCCUCACCAAACUAGACACCUUCUGAUAUCUUCAGCCACUACGUCGUGGACCUUUGGACAUAGUUUUAAUGACAAAUUCGAAGACGGUCACAAAAUGGGAGUGUACCGGCAGAAAGCAAUGUUUGAUUUCCUCCGCAGCGGAUACGAUGCGUUGUUCCAUUUAACAGGGGAUGACGCCGCCUAUCUCGAACAACGUGUGAAAGAGCUCAAUGUCUCGGUAAGGAAUAGGGGAGGUAUCGAAGUUGGCCUCCAUGUCCGUCACGGCGACCGACACCCAAUGGAGUUCCAAUAUCAAAAGUCCUAUCUGCCAUUGGAAAUAUAUACAGAGGCCGCAUACAACAUCAUUUCCUCAUUCCGCAAGAGCAACAUCAACCCUACCGCAUCACUUGGACGUGACAAGUCCAGCAUACUACUUGCCUCUGAUGACCCGGACGUCUACAUGGCAAGGGAGAUGUCUGAUACUGAGCAGGCACAAUCGAUGAUAUCCCUCGCCAACAAGACAGCCCAAGGCGCUGCGAAGGGUAAGGCCCAGAUCACGAUGGACGGGGACAUAGACUGGGAGGGCGGGUUCUUCCAUGACGUGUUCUGGUCUUUGGGCGCCCCAAAUCCACCCCGUGCAGUGGGGAGUCCGCCCGCGUCCAGGAACGAACCCCAUCUCCGUCCACGAAGCGUGGAAGCGCGCGACAUAGAUUCGUUCCGCUUCCAACCACCCGAUGUAGCGCUACGUCUGCGCGAGCUGAUUGGUCGCGCCUAUCUGCUUGAUCUGGCCGUUCUCGGACAAUCGGACGCAGUGGUCUGUGGGGUUAGUAGCAUUGCGUGUCGGUUACUGGCCGUCAUGCUUGGGUGGGAGAAGGCUAUUGAGCAGGGGAAAUGGAAGAAUGUGGAUGGAACAUGGCACUGGAAGGGGAUUAUUUGGUAA